CCACCUUCUUUCUUAGAUGGUGUUUAUCUAGAUGUGUCGGGCCAGCUGAUCCUCCUCGUGCAAGAUAAUGCAGAUGGGUCGUCAAUUACAUGUAAUAUCGAUGUGGCUAAACUGAGGUUCAUGGUGCUUGACACUGUUCUCGGCGCCCUCUGAGAAUGGAGCAUGUAUCAACACUCUGUGCAAUUAGCACCGUCGGUAUUGCACCAACUGGCUUCGCCUUCGGUCGCGUAGAUCGAAGCUCCUCCAGGCCAGGCCGAUUCCGGAAAAAGACCCUCCCGCUGCAUGAUCAAUGCGCGACUGCGACAGAUAAUCCCGUAUCUCCGUCGAAUACAAACACAGUCCCCGCCGGUCCUUAUACAGCAGCGACUGCACAGUCUCCUUUGGCCGCGCAUUUCUUUCGAGAAUGUGAAGAUGGUGCGCCUGAUUCGGGCCAACGGGGAGAGGCAAAGUCGCGCAGGAAGUCGUCGUUCGCAGGUGUACGAUUUCGUCGUCGUGGACAAACGUUGACUGGGCCGCCCAAACCAGUCUUGGAGAACAUAUCAAUCGCCUCACAUAUACGGCGACCUUCAUCAUCCUGGGUGCGACGCCUGUCCUUCCAGCCAGAAAAGCGCGCUUCAUGCCAAACCCCCGUUUCCCCUUCAUCCAACGGACCAAAUAGUCCAGCCAGCCCUCCCGCAUCUAUUCAACGCAGACCCAACAAGCUAGUCAAGCGGCCUCCUUCCCAUCAUGCCCAUUCUCCCUCCCUUUCCGGAAAUGCGCCAUUUUCUCCGUUAACGCCAGCCGCCUUUCGCAGACCUGCUACUAGUCAUCAGCGGUCUGAGACUUUGGGGCACAAGGCAAGCCACAGUCUUAAUUUCGAGCCUAGUCUGAUCUUGAACCCUCCACCGAACCACUCCGAUCUUGCUUCUCUAAGUGAUGAUCAUGUCUGGCGUCCGUAUAUAGAUGUCAGCCCGGAGGCUUUAUCGGAAAGACUAGCUCGUAGGUUUUCAACCGCGACAAGACCAAAAGAUCCAGGGCUGCGACGAAUUGUACCGAAUUCGGAUACUGCCCCGGCACUCCUUCUGGCGACAUCUAUCAGAGGCAAGCUCCCGACAGUGGAAGCUGGUCUGGAUGGAUCUUCUCCUUCCUCCCCGGUUCAGUUCCGAAAUCCGUUUGGACCUAGUGGUUUCCCCCCGCAACAACAACAACAAGAGUUGUCAUUACCACCGGAAGAAAGCGAUCGUCCGGCUUCGCCUUCUAUUGAUGACGCUGACCCUAAGCGGCCCCCAACGGGCACAGGCUCCGCAGAUGCUGGAAAACUCAGGAAUGGCUCGAUGGUCUUUUCAAAGAGGCGGGCAAUCUCGACCCCUCUCCCUGCGCCGGCAACGGAAGGAACACUCUUGGUUCCAUCCCAGGCACAUGGAAGACGAAACAUUACUGACCCGGAUAUCUUUCGUCGUCCAGCCGUCUCACAAGCAGGAGUUCCUUCGCCAAUGAUGUCUGACUUGAUGGGAUCGCGACGCAGAGCCCAUCCUCUGCUUUGCCAAGACUACAAAAUAGACAUGGCUCACCUCCGUGAAUUUGGGUCGCGUCCUUUAUCUUUAGAUACACUACCACUGGCUAGAUUCCAGGGCGCAUUCCGUCAGCGCCCUAAACGCCAUUCGAUUGCUGCGUCCGACCCGGCUUCCACCGUUAUAGGAUCCGACGAUACUCACAUCUUCACGUCCGGUGAUGAGGAUGAGACUGAUUUCUUGAGUGAUACUGCCUUCGAUUCCAUCCGUACACAUAUCACUACCAGCAGUAACUCGGGCCCCUAUGCUCCUCGAAUCCAGACGAUCUUUGACAAAGAUUUCCCCGUCAAGAUGUCGGAAAGGACGUCAUCUAAUAUCCCUGUCCUCGAAACGUGUGGGUCUCUCACUUCGCAUUCACUGGAGAAAUGCCAUUGCGGCUCCGAUAGAGAUGCGACUUCUAUUCCUACACCCGCUCCUAUCGCCAGCAAGGCAUCGGAUAUGCACGAGGGUGACAGCAACAUUUCUUUUCCGUCUGACCUGACAGAUGACGAAGAUUCUCGCAGUCUGCUAGCCGCAUUGCCUGGUGAGACAACGGGUCCAUUCACAGAAUCACAAUCCUCAACACUGUCGUUGAGGGGCAAAGCUGGUGGUCAUAAUAGAAGCGAGGUAUUUGCCUCCAACCGGCAGGUAACAGCCCCCGAGCUGAGACAGUCAUACAAGUGCGAUUCUCACAGUCUCAACAAUGAGGCACUUGAUUUAUGUCCAAAAAUGAACAUCUUCGACUGGUCGGAACAGCCGAGAAGCGAUCGCGAAGCAACAGGCCCCGAUGGGCGACCGCGGACUGUUCAUGGGAAGCAUACACCCGAUGUGCGUGGCAGCAGAGCCCCAGGGCGAAAAGCCCCGAGUACCUUGCAUCUCCGUAGUCAAAGCGUGCCCGUGACCAGAGACACUCCGCCUAUUAAUGAACAACGUCAGACCUCGGGCAAGUUCGGUACAUGGGGCCUAGGAAGCAAGGGAGUCAGUGAGGACUGGGAUAGUGACUUUGAUUUUGAGGACGCGGAUGAGAGUCCAACCAGCGAGACCGUGAAGCCGAACAAAGCCCUGCCCCGUCGGGGCAUGAUAGUUCCCCCAGCUAUCCUGGAACGCCAAGCAAGUCUUCAUGGGCAGUUCGGUCAGGUCCAGGAACUAACCUUGCUGGUUGAAGAACUUAAGCGCCUUCGACAUCAAGGGAGCUUUUUGAACCUCGUCCGCGGGCCGUCAAGCGACCUUUGGAAAGAAGCAGAAGGCAUAGUGAACCUAGCCACUCUUGACGAUGAUGGCCAUGAUAACUCACCUCCUGGAUCUCCUUCGUCUCUGACCUUCAGUUUUGACGAAUCAGAAGGCGACUCCUCCAAUGCUAAUGACGCUUGGAAACGGGUCAGUGGAGGAUCUUGGGGAGUAUCGCUUUCGGAGCACUCGAAUUCCCGCCCUACUACUUCUCCUAGCCCGGAGGUCGCAGCCAAACCAAACUCUGUGCUGGAUUUGAUCUAUCAACAACGGAACUCGGGCGACUCCACCUUCACGGAGUCGCACCCUCCACGCUCCAAGAAACUUCCUUUCGAUACCCAGUCUCUUCGUGACUUGGUCGUCCGAGCCGGCGUCGUCACUCGUGCUUUGAAAGAAGUAAUUCGCAAAGCCGAUGGUGUCACAGCCGAGCCUAGAGAGACAACGCAUCUCUCAGACCCAGCAUUCAGUCGAAUUUUCGAUCAACCCUCCCAUGAUAACCCAAGUCUCGAGACUUAAAGUAAAUGAGCCACGCCAUUUUCCUUACUUUUGAUGAUGUCGCCCUUCACGCCUUUUUAAUUCUCCGACUGUACCUUUUCAAGAAGCCUC